UUCGAUUACCAACACUGUUUAUCAACAGCUGUGGUUACAGGUUACGAAAACACGAGCCGCCUGCAAAAUGUUGAGAAAAUCGUUCAUUUCCCUGCCCCGAUUAAGUCAAUUGUGUGGAGUGCAGCGACGGUUUCAAACCACACAUGCAGCCCGAGUCGAAAGUGAAGCUGAACCUGCAGUCACAGCGGAUUCAGAACCAGAAGACAUAGCAGUGAUUGAGCAAAAGAUUCUAAAGCAUCCCGAUUACUUCAAUGUUCACAAUCUUUUCACUGUGCGUGACUUGUUUAAUGCACGGGUACACUAUGGCCACAAGGAGGGUUCUCUCGAUGACCGAAUGCGUCCGUAUUUGUAUGGCAAUCGGUUGGGACAUCUAAUAUUUGAUUUAGACAAGACAGCUGCACACCUUCGCGAUGCCCUUAACUUUGUGGCUCACAUAGCUUUCCGGGACGGUAUCAUAUUGUUCUUUAAUCGCAACGCGCUCAACUCGCAUUUGGUAGAGCAAAAGGCUUUGGAGGCUGGCGAAUUCUCGCACACACGCUUCUGGCGAGGCGGCAUCUUCACCAACGCCAAUGUGCAGUUCGAUGCAGUUACACGGUUGCCAGAUCUCUGCAUUUUCCUAAAUACACAAAACAAUGUCCUGAGCCAGCAUACAGCUGUUAGGGAUGCCGCCAAAAUGGCCAUUCCGACUGUGGGUAUUGUGGAUAGCAAUUGUAAUCCCAAUUUGAUCACCUAUCCAGUGCCUGGAAAUGACGAUUCGCCCGCAGCAGUAGAACUAUAUUGCAACCUAUUCAAAGAAGCCAUCUUGCGGGGAAAACGGAAGCGUCGUGAAUUAUUGGGCCUCCCGCCUUUGGAGGAGAAGUUGCUGGCCACUCGUCGUCAGCGCAAAACCAAAUAGAUUUUAGCUUGAAAUAUAUUGGAUACUUUUGUUAAAUGUUAACAUAUUGAAAAAUACAAUUAUCAAACAGUUUUAGUAACGAAAAA